AAAACAAAAACAAAAGAACUUUAAAAAACUGAAAAUAAAAGAAGCAAUCUCUCUUGUCUCUCUCCUAGUCUCAUCGUCAUCAUCACCAAUACAAGGAAUGAGUUUGAAACCUAAAACUCAAAUUAGGUAACUUAUAACAUUCUCACGCAUCUCACACUUUUUCUUACAUCAUUUCUACAAAACUUCACAAACACAACACUUGACAACACAACACAAACACAAGUAACACUAUUUUCUGUUCUAUUUCCAAUGUCCACAAAAAUCCAAUGUUUCUAACUCCUUCAUAGUUCAUACAUCAUCAACAUAACUAAAAAAACACAUUCACACAUUUUCUUCAUCACUUCAUAGCAAUAGCAACAAAAAAAUCCCAAAAAAAAAAUUUAAAAAAUGGAUCCUCAAAACCCAAACCAAAACCCAUCUUUUCCUUCAGCACCACCUGGUAUACCUAUCCCAGCUCCAAUCCUAACUCCGAAGCAAGAGCCUCUUGACGAACCACUUCAACCGAACCUAAACAAUCUUCCAAACCUCAAUCUUAACCUCAAUUUAAACCACAAUAACAUUUCUCAAGAACAAACCCUAACCCACUCCGAUGAUUUUGGACGUGUGGCUGAGCUUUUCCGAACCAAUUUCAGCAAUGGACUUCAACAAAUUCAAAACGACGUCGUCGAUGAUCCUAAUUCACGCGCCAUCGUUCCUGUUCCAGACGCGCCGAGAAAUGAGGAGAAUAAUAAUAACGCUCCGGCGGGUGAAGUUGCGGCGGCGCAGAGGCUUCAACGGAGAUAUAAAGAGCUUGUUCGUGUUUCAGAUCUUGGUUUACCGGAUCAACGACAGUUUCGUGAGAUGGUUAGGAGAACGAGAAUGGUUUAUGAUUCUAUUCGAGUUUUGGCUGUGGUUGAAGAAGAGAAGAGAGUUGAUGUUCGGAGGGCGAGAAGCGAUUUGAGAGCUUCGGCGGUAAUGAGAAAUCAUGGUUUGUGGCUGAAUCGUGAUAAGAGAAUCGUUGGGGCGAUUCCUGGUAUUUGUAUUGGUGAUGUUUUUAUUUAUAGAAUGGAAUUAGUUGUGGUUGGUUUACACGGUCAACCACAAGCUGGGAUUGAUUAUUUACCCGGUAGUAUGAGUUCGAAUGGAGAACCAAUUGCUACUAGUGUGAUUGUUUCCGGUGGUUAUGAGGAUGAUGUUGAUCAAGGUGAUGUUAUUAUUUAUUCUGGUCAUGGUGGUCAGGAUAAGAAUUCAAGGCAAGUUUUUCAUCAGAAGUUGGAAGGUGGGAACCUUGCUAUGGAGAGAAGUAUGCAUUAUGGGAUUGAAGUUAGGGUUAUUCGUGGUGUUCGGUGUGAAGGUAGUUCUUCUGCUUCUGGUAAGGUUUAUGUUUAUGAUGGAUUAUAUAGGAUUGUUGAAUGUUGGUUUGAUGUUGGUAAAUCGGGUUUUGGUGUAUAUAAGUAUAAGUUAUGGAGGAUUGAGGGUCAAGCCAAAAUGGGUAGUUCGGUUUUGAAGGAGGCUCUUAUGCUUAGGAGAGAUCCUUUAUGUUUUAAACCCAUGUGUGUAUUAUCGCUUGAUAUUGCCAACGGGAAGGAGAGUGUUGGUAUUAGGCUAUUUAAUGAUAUUGAUAGGAAUCAUGAUCCAAUGUGUUUUGAGUAUCUUCCGAAGGCUACUUUUCCACCGUUUGUGUUUCAUCAGAGUGGGAAGACGACAGGCUGUGCAUGUGUGGAUGGUUGUACGGAGGAAUGUUUUUGUUUCAUGAAGAAUGGAAAUGAGUUUCCAUAUAGUCAAAACGGGCUUCUGUUGAAAGGGAGGCCAUUACUUUUUGAAUGUGGUCCUUUUUGCCAUUGUCCGCCUCAUUGUCGUAACCGUGUAACGCAAAAAGGUCUUAAACACAGGUUGGAAGUGUUUAGAUCUAGGGAGACUGGUUGGGGAGUUAGGUCUUUAGACCUUAUUCAAGCUGGCGCAUUCAUAUGUGAAUACACCGGGGUUGUUUUGACUAAGGAGCAAGCACAAAUUUUUACCAUGAAUGGUGAUUCAUUGAUAUAUCCGAGUCGGUUUGCGGAAAGUUGGGCGGAAUGGGGUAAUUUAUCCUUGAUAGACGCUAAUUAUAAACGCCCGUCGUAUCCAUCGAUUCCUCCUUUAGACUUUGCUAUGGAUGUAUCUAGAAUGAGGAAUGUUGCUUGCUAUAUCAGUCAUAGCUCAACUCCCAAUGUGAUGGUUCAAUUUGUGCUUUAUGAUCACAAUAAUUUGAUGUUCCCUCACCUUAUGCUAUUUGCAAUGGAGAACAUCCCUCCAUUGAGAGAGUUCAGCCUUGACUAUGGGGUAGCCGGGGUAGCUGAUGAGGAAUUGACUGGCAAGCUCGCUAUAUGCAUGUAACUGAAUAUUUUGAAAGCUUCACAGACUUUAUGUUAUGCUGAAGCUGAGUUUUGGGCAUGGUGUACUGAGCUGAAAGAUGGUCAUAAGGCUCAAGUAAUUUCAGUUAGAUAUUCAUCUGGCCCCACUUCCUAUUGGAUUGGCUACCGAGAUUCUCUUCACUUAGGCGUUUGCAGUGUCCUUGAGAUAUUUAAAUUUUUGCAGAAGAACUUUCAUCAGAUUUCAACCUCAACAAUGUACAAGGAACAAGUAUAUUUGCUAGUUUUAUCCAACCCUUGUUUGCUAGUAGAUGGUACUUCUCGUGGUUUUGAAGUUCAGGAACUGAAGUUCUCCCCCCACCCCCCCACCCCACCCCACAUUUUUUGUUGAUUGUUAUACCUUAUCUUGGGCAAAGCAUGCUCGUGUCUUAUAUCGUUUAAACCACAAGUACCGCAUCUAUAUUAACUCUUUUUUACCUCUUAUUUUGGGGAACUUGUAUAUGAUGUAAGUCAUAGAUGAAGCUUGUAUAAUGAUUAUACUGGCGGUCGAAAUGAUAUAGAGCCAGCAUGCUGAUUGUAGGCAA